AUGAGAGCCUACGAGAUCUCCCUCCAUCUGCUGGCGAUCGUGGUGGCAAGCGGCUCAGGUGAGGCCGUCCACCCCCACCCCCCUCACCCCAGCUACCACCCGACCACUUACAAGCCCCACUACACUCCGGGAUACAGUGCCCACCCCCACCCUUACUCCCCCGCGCCCACUUACAAACCCACGCCCACUUACAAUCCCACACCCACUUAUAAACCCCUCUACACCCGACCGCCCACUUACAAGAUCAAACCAACACGCAGGCCGGGCUACACCCCCGAGCCGGCCUACACUCCAGAACCGGCCUACACUUAUCCCAAGCCGCAUUACGAACCAGAAGCCGAUUACAAGCCCGAGGAACCGUUUUACAAGCCAGUCUACAAGGUUGCGAAGCCGAAGACUCUGCACAAGCCAGCGUACAAGCAGGAACCGGAGUACCAUGAUGGACCCUCCGAGUACGACUUCGGCUACGGCGUCACGGAUGCCUACCACGGCACCAACUUCGGCCACUCCGAGAAGCGUGACGGCUACCGCACAGAAGGCCAGUACUUCGUGGACCUGCCCGACGGACGCAGGAUGAUCGUCAACUAUUACUCCGACGAAACAGGCUACCACCCGACCAUCACUUACGAGGGCACGCCGACCUACCCCGAACCCAAACCUGUUUAUAAGCCUGAACCUUCGUACACAGCCAAGCCUGUUUAUAAGUCCGAGCCCUUGUACACACCUAAGCCUGUUUAUAAGCCCGAGCCCUUGUACACACCAAAGCCUGUUUAUAAGCCCGAGCCCUUGUACACACCAAAGCCUGUUUAUAAGCCCGAGCCCUUGUACACAACUAAGCCUGUUUAUAAGCCUGAACCUUCGUACAAGCCCGUUUAUAAACCUGCCUAUGGACCGACUUACAAACCUACUCCUGUGUACAAGCCUUUACAUCGCCAUGGAUCUCUUAGGUUCUAAGAAAGUCAUCUAUUAUUUGGAUUUUUGAAUUCAAUAAGCAUAUUUAUCAGAAUUAAUCAUUAGGUGCUCGAAUGGGACUCGAAUUGAUCGCAAUGAUUACAUUUCGAAAGAUUGUGUAAGAAAAAAAAAAAAAAUCUAUGUCCUAGUCAUAUUCCGACGGAUCUAAUAUUCACAAAUAUAUAUUAACACAUAAUUUUAAAAAUAAUUUAUAAAUCAUAAUA